CUUGGGUUCUGGAAGGGCGCGGAUUCUACUCAGCCGAGUCCAGGCGUACACGAUUGAACCAUCUGCUGCCGCUGGUGCCUAGACGUGUAAGCGCUUGCUGCUGAGUGUCGCAGUUGCCAAGCGUUGCAGCGCAUGCAGGUCCUAUGUGAUUGGAGGAACUGUCCAAGAUUGGGACGUUGUCGAUGACAGCCACCACAAGUGCGGCUGUUGACCGGUGACCAGCGUGCGGCAACUUCUUUCCCCGUCAGGACUCUCCACGGCUGUGCCCUCGUUGAGCGAAAGCACAACCGACAUCCAAAAUCGAUCAGCAUCGACCAGCACCUGGGAAACGGAAGAAUGACAGAUAUCAUGGAUGGGGAUCCCCCAUGCAUGGUUGCCCAUGACUACUUAGAACAAAAUGCAGUACAGCCGAUCAGGGAAUGCUAUCCUUCCGGUAGUGUCUCGCUGUAUGUACCUGCGCGGAAGAUCAGGGAACUGUUCGAAGCCAAGCCCCUUGGUUUGACAGUUGAAUCACUGUUUCUCUGCCCUUGCAGGCGAUGCACUCGGGACGGCGGAUCAGUAGAAAAGCGUUCAAACUGCUUCAACGAGCGUAGGAGACCGCAGGAACUGAAGGGGGAGUAUGCCCUGAUCUACGCACUACUGAUUUAUGUUCUCCGCCCUGGUCUCAUCCAGGUGUUCCAGAAGUACGAAAUAAAGCUGGAAGGGACCAAGUACCUUUCCGACGUGGACUUCGACAAUUUAAGGCGUCGUGAAAAGAUAGGUGAUCUAGGGGUAGUACAAAGGAAAAUACUGGACGGGCAGUAUAGCUUUCUCGUACGGACACUUCGACCCGCAUCAGACAUCGUCUUCAUCCCGGCAAAAGAGCUGUUGCCGAUCAAAGAGGAUGCAGAGCUCAAGGGGGAAGGAACAUUUGCAGAAGUCCGAUGUUUCGAAUUCCAAGACGACGAUUAUCGGUCGCGGGACUUUGGACCACAUAUUCAAAGGUUUGCUCGCAAGAUCUUCAGGCAUGGUAUGGUCAAAGACUCCGCGAAAGAAUGGUACAAUCUCCAGAGGCUUUCGAAAGAGGAAGACCACCCUCACCUUAUGGCGGCUUUGGGCGCGUACUGGCAUGGUAGUCACUUCUUCAUUUUGCAGGAAGAAGCUGACAGAUCACUUCACGACUACCUCAAGGGACCAGGAGACAUAUUCGACUCCCCGGAGCUCUGGACGCAGAUGCAAGGCGUUGCUGAAGGGCUCAACACUCUCCACAAACUUUACAAAGGGACCACGAUCGCUUACCACCAGGAUCUGAAACCCGCAAACAUCCUGAUAGUAAAGGGAACGAUGAAGAUUGCAGAUUUUGGUCUGCUCGAAUUAAAGCCGGCAACGUUGCCAGCUGAAACCGACCCGACCGGUAUUCCGAACGAGCACAACACUGGCUACUAUGCCGCCCCUCGUCAAGGCAAAUACACUCGAGAAUGCGAUGUAUGGUCACUGGCAUGCAUAAUGUCUGAAAUCGCAACUUGUGACAUCCAAGGCCGGGAUGGAGUUAGCCACUACAAGAAGGCUCGCAUGGCUGAUGGGCCAUCUGGCAAAGACACUCCGCGCUUCUUCUCUGGGCGAAAGGUCAAGAAUGCAGUGCUACACAUGCAUACACAGCUCUAUGAAUUUGUUCAGAGCCCGUCGCCUAUUUUGGAGGACCCAACAAGGCAAUUGCAAAAGAAGUUCUACAACGAGAAGUUCUUCGACCUCUUGAACAAGAUGUUCAGGUGGGGUCGCGCGUCCGCAGACUUACUGGAAGUCCCAGAUGGGGAUAUCAGACUCGAUGCAGCGCAUGUUGUCGAAACGCUUGAGUCGUUGCGCAAGGAAUCUUACCCCGCAACUGAUCUUGACAAUAGAAUUGACAACCUUAGUCUAGGUCAAUGUCUGCAGGAAGCACAUGUUUUGGGCUCUCGGAUGGAGAUGUACCUCGCCGAAUUCGAGGAAAGCUUGACCUGGAGAAACCGAACAACAUUCUGUGCUACGACCGUUACUGAUCUCAAACAGUACAUCGUUAACUUGCAGCAUAUACAACACAGAGAGCGCCGCCAGCAAGGUCUCGGCCGUCUGGGGCUGUUUCUCGAAAGGUUCCAAGAGUUUGGCGGACUGAUCACUAAUUUACCCAACGUUGAGCAAGUCAUGGCAUCAAUCUGGGGCCCUGUGAGAUUCUUGCUGGAGGCAACAGACGGCAACACUAACGCCUUCAAUGAGAUUCUCGACGUCUACGAGCAGAUAGGAAGAGCCCAACCCGACGUAUUCAUGUACAGAGAGCUGUUCACAACUCAGCCAGACCUGAUUAGGAUUCUCACGGCGACAUAUGCCGAUAUCCUUGCGGUCAAUCUGCCACUCAUAAUUUACUUCCGACAGCAUCUCUGGAAAGAGCUGUUCGCGACGACGUGGAAGCCACUUCGAUCAAAGAUAGCAGGCAUUAUAUCUCGUAUGCUAUCUCGCCUUCAGCUUGUUCGCGAUCGGGCAAACUCAGAUCAGUUCGACUUGUUCGUGAUUGCUUCUACUCUCGAAGAGCAGACAUCGGCCGCUGAAAUGCGUAGUAAAAGCAUGGAUUGCCGACAGACCGUGUAUGCAUGGUUGAGACCUACUGACAUGGAAAACGAUCAAGAGUAUCUCAGGCGAAUGCGUGUUGAGUACCCAGGGACUUGUACCUGGUUACUAGAAGACGAAACCUUCCAAGAGUGGUUCAUUCAGCAACCCGACAUGGCAGUGCCUCCGAAGUUCCUGUGGUUGAAUGGAAAACCUGGUGCUGGGAAGACAGUUCUUGCAUCCCUGGUCGUGGAAGAAGCCAGGAAGCUCGAUUCGAGUCCCACAAUCUUGUUCUUUUACUUCAAGCAAGAGGACAGCGACCGAAACAAUUUCAUAUCCAUGGCCCGUACUUUGCUUGCCCAAAUUCUUGAACAGAACCCUCACACUCUUGAAUACUUCUAUAGCAAAUGCUAUAGUGGGGGCACUUUGCUUCCUUCUCGUGCUCUUGUCGAGGAACUCUUGGGAUUUACUUUACGCAACUGUGAGUCGGCCUAUAUCGUGCUUGACGGCUUAGAUGAAUGCUGCACGAGGAAAGAGAGAGGAGAUAUCGCAAGCUGGUUUCGAAAACUUCUCGAGAACGGGCCUCCGGAGAUUCGUGGACGACUUCACUGUCUGUUCGUCAGCCAACAUGAUAGCGCCCGAAAGGACUAUCGCGACAUUCCGAAUAUUACAGCAGACGCAGAUAACAAUGAAGAGGACAUUGAAGCUUUCUGCGAGGUACAGGCUAGAAAGCUCAUCGAGAAGCUUGGUACUACGGAAGAAUACGCGCACGAGAUUGCUAGAAGAGUUUCUGCAGCAGCUGAAGGGGUUUUCCUCUUCGCUCAUCUCGUCUGGAUUAACCUCUGCGGUCAGAGCUCCCCCUACCGUUUAGAAUGCGAGAUGGAAACAUUCGACACUGAUCUGGACAAGCUGGAAAAGGUCUAUGCCCGUAUCAUGCAGACCAUUGUGAACAAGCCUGUUACUGCCGAACGUGAUGAGGCGUUGAUGCUUCUUGGCUGGCUUGUUUGUGCAAAACGCCCCUUGAAGCUACACGAAGUCCAGACGAUGAGAUCCAUCGACUUCGACACCAGAACUGUUGAAUUUGAAAGGCGAAAGUUUCGUGUUGACCCCAAGGAUCUCUGCGAAUCGCUGGUCGAUGUUCGGGGAGACGGGAGUAUCGAAUUGGUUCACAUGACUGCCAGGACAUAUCUCGCGAAGAGUCACUUUCUCGACGUUAUCGAUACCGGGCUUGAGAUGGCAACGCUCUGCAUUGACUACCUGAACUUACCAUCGUUCCAAAGUCCUUCCAAAGAGCAGGUACUGACCGGAGAAUACGGUUUUAUGGAAUACGCCAUUUCUUAUUGGCUUCGGCAUUUGGAGGCAGGGAUGAACUCAGCCCUUCCUGAGCACAACAGCAUCUGCCAGAAUCUUACGGAGUCCCUUGAGGUCUUAGUAGAGCAAUACUGGAACGAGUCAACUGCUAUUAGUGUCUCAACCUUGAGAUCGAUUCCUAACCGGACCAAGGAUCUGCUUCAGCAUUUCAGUCAUUGUCGAAGCUCCCACCAGAUUUGCCUAGCACUUAUCUCGACUGACAAAGGACUCAAGGAUUUUAGCGAUGUGCGCCCCGAAAAAUCAGCUUUAGACUUCGCAAGCGUCGUGAAGGCGGUUCGUGGCUGUGUGGAAGCGUACGUUCUCGAGGACCCAGACUCAGAGGCAUCUGAAGCUCUGAAAGAAAGAUAUGGCCGUAAUCUGUUCAAGUGUCCCAAAUUCAGCUGCAACUAUUUCACGGACGGCUUCUCGACCCAGGAACAGCGUGAGAAACAUGUUGAGCUACAUGAGCGUCCAGCUCGUUGUACCGAUGAACAUUGCAUAGGCUCUCAAAUUGGGUUUGCAACACCGGAGCAACUAGGCCGACAUCGGAGAGAGAAUCAUCCAGACUUCACUGUGCGCCGCUACGACUUUCCAACAGAUGAGGAAAUCAACGAUAGUAUACGGGAAGUUUCACCAGAACCCGACACUGUUGACGAGGAUGAACUUCCAAAUGUUCCCGAUCCAGCAGUCAUUCCCACCCCAGAUCAGACAGAGCCCCAGCCGACGCAGCCCAGAGGGACUAAACGUCAGAAAGUGAAGCAGGACUACAAGUGCGCACACUGCGACAAGACUUUCCAGAAGAAGUUCAACUGGAAGUCCCAUCUUCGAACGCAUGGUGACGAUGAGAAAUCACCAUGCAGCGGGUGCGACGCAACAUUCGCCAGGAGGAGCGAUCUUGUUCGCCAUAUGAAACUUCAUGAUCCAGCAAACACAGUCACAUGCGGUGGCGCACUUCCAAACGGUGGAAGGUGGGGGUGUGGAACCAAUUUUGCAAGACUAGAUAUACUGCGCAGUCAUCACAAGUCCAAAAAGGGUAGGCAAUGCAUCGCCGAAAGAGACGGCGAGGAACAACCCACUGCUUCAGGUACAUAGAUCGGGGACGCAGAUUGGAUAGACGCACCCCACGAGCGAACGUCCAUAGACUGAACCGGGCUUUGUUAUACCUCAUGGAUCAAGCUACAAUACACUAUAACUACACACAUUUCCUCUUAUUCGAGCCAUCCAAGAACCCUGUAGUAGUCGAGUAAUGCCAUGCCGCUC